UGCGCGGUGUGCGGGGAACGCAAGCAAAACAUAAACGUCAUCGCGGGCACCGUCGCCCGACCGUCGAGCUGGUGAUUGGUACACGACAGAGCUAAGCCGCGAGUCCGAACAGUAUCAUGUACCAGGGGAGCUUAUUUUGAUUUCGCACACAGUUUCCCCGACCCAUGUAACGCCAACGUCCAGCGAGCGGAGUCCAAGCAGACAGCCACCGACUCUUCAACAGCCGUUUUCCGUGGUGCCCGCCGCAACACACCCUUUCUGGUCGAGCGCGCGCACGUUGAGGAUGUACAAUGGCAUACCAAACGAUACGGCAAGAAUAUCUCCAGAUACCGAUAGUGACACGGGUGUACUCGACGGCCUGCAUCAUCACGACCCUGUCGGUGCAUCUCGACAUCGUAACGCCCUUUCAGCUGUACUUUAACCCAAAGCUCAUCUUCGAACACUACCAGCUAUGGCGCAUCUGCACCACGUUCCUGUUCUUCGGCACCUUUGGGUUCAACUUUCUGUUCAACAUGAUCUUCACAUUUCGGUAUUGCCGUAUGCUGGAGGAAAAUUCGUUCCGCGGGAGAAGCUCCGACUUUGUAAUGAUGUUUCUGUUCGGCGGCACCGUGUUGGUGAUUUGUGCGUUGUUUGUUAAUUUACUUUUCUUAGGGCAAGCUUUUACCAUAAUGCUGGUGUACGUCUGGUCACGGCGGAAUCCGUUCGUGCGAAUGAACUUUUUCGGCGUGCUAAACUUUCAGGCACCUUACCUACCAUGGGUACUGCUCGGGUUUUCCGUGCUAAUAGGCAACACGAUCUGGGUGGACUUGAUUGGUAUCGUGGUAGGCCACACGUACUACUUCCUCGAGGAUGUGCUACCAAAUCAGCCGGGAGGCUUGAAGCUGCUUAAAACACCUCGAAUCCUCAAACUAUUGUUUGACGAGGUGGCAGAGGAUCCAAACUACGUAGCGCUGCCCGAGGAUCAGCCGGGCGGUUUUAACUGGAGGCGAAAUAACUAAAGCGCCGCAACCACGCAGCGGCAGUGUUUUAGUAGUACUGCAAGCAAGUAAAUAAACGUGUCGGGUUUACGUGCAAGACUAUUGCGCCAAUGCUA